CGGUCUGAAGGUCCGCCUGCUAGUUUACAAAGCAGAAGUCACUCGAAAGGGAUUUGCUAGGUUUGGAAGUCUUGUGAGAUGUUGGACUUUUGUGUCAAUGUGCAUUUUUGAAGGCCGAUUAUUAUCAAGGUUUUGGAGUAAGCGUUAUCCGUGCCAGCUGUGGCCAUGGCAAUUCUCUUUGCCGUGGUGGCUCGUGGAACAACCAUCCUAGCCAAGCAUGCAUGGUGUGGUGGCAACUUCCUCGAAGUGACUGAACAGAUCUUAGCCAAAAUUCCAUCCGAGAAUAACAAGUUGACAUACAGCCAUGGCAGCUAUCUCUUUCAUUACAUCUGCCAUGACAGAAUCAUAUACCUGUGUAUCACUGAUGAUGACUUUGAAAGGUCUCGUGCAUUCAGCUUCCUCAGUGAGAUCAAGAGGCGCUUCCAGACCACGUAUGGUUCACGAGCACAAACAGCCCUGCCGUACGCCAUGAACAGCGAGUUCUCAUCGACGCUGGCUGCUCAGAUGAAACAUCAUUCAGAUCCUCGGGGAUCUGAUCGGCUUACUGAAACACAGAUGCAAGUGGAUGACCUCAAGGGGAUUAUGGUCCGCAACAUAGAUUUGGUUGCGCAGAGAGGGGAGAAGCUGGAGUUGCUGAUUGACAAGACAGAAAAUCUGGUUGAUUCUUCUGUCACGUUUAAGACGACCAGUCGUAAUCUGGCCAGAGCUAUGUGCAUGAAAAACCUCAAGUUGACCUUUGUUGUUGUGCUGGUGUGCCUGGUAAUCAUUUACAUCAUUGUCUCUGCUUCCUGUGGUGGCCUCACCUGGCCCUCUUGUCUCAAAUGAGAAGACCAUGGGCAUAAUAGGACUGAUGCAGAAAAGGGGGACAGAAGCCACCUAUUCAACCAUGGUUGCCAGUGGACAGAAAAAAAGGACACAAUAAUUGCUUUUUCUUGUUUUGCCUCAGUUUGCCUGAAAGACAGUUGCUCCCACUGCUGUUGCUUUGAUAGUGUACACUUGCCUUCAGCAGAGGAACCCCCCCUUCCCCCCCACACCCCAAUACCAUCGCGGCAAGGUGACCUACAACUGAUGCAGCACAGUAAUCUUGUCUUAAACUAUUUUGUCUGUCUGAUUUAUAGCACUUUCACUGUAUCUCUGUAUUCCAUCCUUUCCAACUGAAAACAAAAGGUGACUUUAUUUACAUGCUUGUUCAUUAAUGUGCACCGAUGAACCUUGACACAUGGAAACUAGAAGCUUCAGAGAUGUGGAGAAGAUCGAUACACUGUCCCUGGUCCCUUUACUGAAUACUACUACUGGACAAAAAUACAUGUAACAAAUAACCUAGGAAUAGGGUGGGUAUUCACCCACCCUAUUCAAACACAGAUGUUGUAAAUCUUUUGUGUUUUCUUACCAAUCACACAGUGCAUCAUGCAGUAAAUUAUGUAAAUCAGUUAUUAUACAAAAAAAUUAUAUUGUACAUCUGAAUGAUUAUGUGAUUAAUAUUAAAUAUUUGGCAUGUGACUGAUGAA